UUGACGUUUAAACGCCAUUGGUUGUACGUCUCUGCUAUUGACAUUUAACGUUUCCAUAAAAAUAAAGAGAAUGGUUAGGGUAGGGUAAUGGUAAGUAACAAUACCAUGAAUAUUAAAUGAAAUUGUGAAGAAUCAUGGCAGGAGUGGUACCGAAAAAAUCUGCAUCUGGUCGUAAACAGUGGACAGUACAUGGUACUUUAAACAAUUCGUUAAAACGACUAAGGAAUCAAUUAGCCUCUGAUGGUUGUCCGGAAUCGCAAGUUGUUUUAGCCAAACAGUUAUUAGACGAAGAAUGUGAAUUUGAGUCUGAAAAAAAAGAAAACGCUAGGUUAGGGGUAUACUGGUUAAUAAAAGCAUCAGAACAAGGUAACAUCGAAGCGACAAAUCUAUUAAAAACAUGUCUUCAAAACGGAAAAGGAAUCACGGAGCACAAUUACAUGGACGUAAAAUCCUGCAUCACUAUGACCCAGGACGAAAAAUUAGCCAGAAAAGCAGCAAGAGAAAUGUUUGCAAGUUUAUCAAACGGAGGCGAAUACAUCACUUCAGAGCAAUUAAAAAGAAAAAUAUUAUCUGUAAAUCAUAAUGCCACUAAAGAUAUACAUACAGAUAAUAUACAAGGUGGAGAUAUAAUAAAUAAUGAAGAAGAAUUAUUUAGCGAAUCAGAUGAAGAAAUUGAUUGGUCUCAAAGAUCCGAUAGCAGUAAUAAGAAGUUAACUGAAGAUAAUUUAUUAUCUGCUGCUGUUGAUUAUUCACAUGGUCAAUUACCACAAGUUAAUCAAGUGCUAUGUUUAUCAUCACCAGAUUUACAAGCCCUAGAUCACAUCCCUCAUAUACACAGAUCAAUACUACACCCUCUAUUAACUUUGAAUAUAUUAUAUUACAAAUUAAUUCGGUUUUUAGGGAAAAAAAUCUGUUUCACAUCUCUUAUCAAAUCCGAACAACAAUUUUUAUUUUUAUUAAUUUUUUAUAUAUUAUUUAGUUGUGAAAAUAUGUUGUCUAUCGUUCCUAUGUUGAUAUACUAUAUUACAUUUGCUGUUAUGAUUUGUAUGACCUUUCGAAUGUUACAAAAUCGUCAGGAGUUCGUAGAUUUCCGUUUAUGGUCUGGAUUAUUUAUUUGUUAUUCUGGUAGGAGUUUAAAUUCAAAUGAAAUAGAAUAUCAAUAUAUUUGUAACAAUAUGAAACCUUAUUGGCAAUUUUUCGUUAGUUUUCUUAUAAAUUUGUCUGUUUAUCCUAUUAUUUCAGAUCAAUGGAUACCUCAAUCCGAAUUAACGGUUAUUUCUUUUGUAUUAACUUUCAUGACUCUGUUCGGUUUCAUGUCGAAGAUUCGAUCAAAGACUGUUUUGUUUAGUUUCGCUAUAAAUGUUUUAGCAAAAUAUCCUUAUGAUACAGAUCCUGUUGUAGCGCAAGGUUGGAGAUUUUUAGAACUGAACGUUCCUACCUUUCCUAGUUAUGUUAUAGGAAAUGGUAUAGAAUUCUGCAUGAGUUUCCGGUUUAUCCUGUAUGCGAUAAUACCUUUGAUAUUUUUAAAAAUAGCUCAAAAACAAAAUUGGAGGGGUACUUAUAAAGUACUUAUACCGCAUUGCGUCACUUUAAGUUGGUUACAAAUUUGUAUAAUAAACUCCCAAGGGGCUACAAUGUUUGGUUUAUUACGUGGUACUUUAGCUAUAGUGGGUGUCGUACUAUUUUUACCUUUAUUAGGUAUAACUAGUGUUAUUUUACCCAUAGCCGCUUUUACAAAAUGGUUAAUUACCUCCAACUUUGUAUUUUCUAUUUGUAUUUUCGUUAUAUUAAGUGUUCUAGGUUUAGGGGUAUGUUAUGUAUGUGCUCAAACGAGAUAUAAAAAAUAUACAGCGGCUAUACAAACGAUAUUAAUGGUAUUAACAUUUUUUCUUCUCGUAAACCCUUCCAAAGAUUCUAAUUAUUACGAGGAAGAAAAAUCUACUCAAAUAAUGAGUUGGGAGGUUUACCAGAGGUUCUGUCACCAACCGGUUUGGCAGGAAGAAAAUAUCGCUUUGUCUCAAUUGAAAUGUGUUGAUUUAGAAGGUGUUACUAUACAAUGGAGUGGUUAUAUUAGUGAAAUUAAACUAAAAUCCGUAUCUAAUUUUUAUAAAACCAUUUUUAGUAAACUACCCCUUGGUAUUUCGGAGUAUUUGUAUUGUCUAUAUGGUGAAACUACCGGACCUGAUUGUGUUAAUAUGCCUGAUGUAGCUAAAGAGACUUGUUUGACUUUUUACGAUAUAAUAAGCAACGUAAACAAAUGCACUUUACAAAAAUACGAUAAAUACACAUUCGAGAUAUUUUUAAAAAUGCAUUCCGGCAUUUGGGGUAAAGCGACCGAAGUUACAUUGAUAGUUAACGAUUAUUUCAAGGAUUUCGUUUUGAAAUUGAAACCUACCGAUCAUAUUUGGUUUAAAGGGAGGUUAUUUAAUGAUGGAAGUUUAAGUUCUGACGGUAUUUUGGGGGGGUUGAAACCCCAUGUGCAAUUAGAGGAGUUGGGUUGCUCGUCUUGUCAAGACAACACCUUGGGUGAAAUAAAAAUGAUCAAUAGUAGAGUAACUAUUUAUGAUGUAUUAGAAUCCAUACGUGUUGGUGUCAAAUUUGUAUUUAAUAUUGUUUUCACGCCGUUUUUGAUUUUUAAAUAAAUAUGUGGAGUAUAGAA